CUUUCAUCUCAUCUCGAUAUAUAAAAAUCACACCUUUUAUCUUUUCAUCUAAUUUUUAAUCAUGCUUAUUUGCCCGUGCCAUAACUUAGUAUCGUCCUAUGGAUUUGCUGCCCCUCGGUAUUUACUAGUGACCUUGAAAUGGUCUGAUGAACGAAACACAGCAAUUUCGUAGAUGCGCCUUCGUUAAAGAUCUCGGUAGAAUCUAUCAUCCACGCCCCCCUCUUCGAGGUCGUCCUCUCCAUAGAACCUGGACUGACGAGGAGAAGGAAUAUGCAGGUCUCGCCUUGCUAUUCCUUGUGAGUCAGGACUAGCGUUACUUCCUCAAAUAACUGGCAGCUUAUUCUGUCUAAUCGGUGUGAGAGGUGACAACUCCACCCCAUUUUUUUAUCUGGGUGACUGGAAAGUGCGAAAAUUACAUGAGUUUUCCUCGUUAAGAAAGAGAGGGAGUCAUAAUUUUCCAAAUAGGAAAAGCGUACGUUCACAGUGAGGAAAGAACGAUAGGAAGUAGAAGAGUAAAAAAAAAGAAGAAAGUACAGUGAGGAAACAAUGGCGGGACACAAAAUGUCAGGUUACGUCGCGAGCCUCCGGCAGGCGCUGUUUGCAUCUUUCAUCCAACUCUUCAACCGUAUCUUUCCAUUUUCCUCGACGGCAGAAAAGGCACCGCCUAAACCAGCACAGCAACAACCAUCAAACCCUUCAAAAACAACUUCUACCGCCAAAAAUAAAAACACUGACUCACCUCUUUUAUCUCCUUCGACACCUUACCUUCGUUCUUCACAUGAACUUCAUCACGACUCUGGACAUUCUUUCAUAGACCUUGAACAAGGCAUUAAAUCUUCACCUUCGAUUUCUUCGAUUUCUCCAUCUCAGGACGGGGAUACAAUGGCACCCAACAGGAGACGCGGAGACCGAAGGCGACGUAGUUCGAACAAUAACGGCAAUGGUAACGGUAUUGGCAAUGGCAAUUCCAGACCCGACGCGCCUAGCGCUCCCUCUAACGGCCCGUCAAACGCCAUCACUAAUCAAUCUACCGCCAACCAAUGGAAUGUACCGCCUCCGGCCUCACAGGGUCCUGGUCCGGCCCGUGUCACCUCUCCUAACGAUCAAGGUAACACCAGGACCAACUCUUACCAGUCCGCCGGUCAACAGCCUGCCGGAGCUGGAAGAGGCGGCCGCAAUCGAUAUUCUUCACCACAAAGACCCCCCUCCAGCCGAAGAGAUGAUGUUGCGGUACCCAGAAACACCAAUGUCUCUCAACUUCAGCCAUCCGCGUUGGAGCCCCUCGUGACUCAGAAUCAGGCACAGAUUCAGAGAUCGGGUAGCCGCAGUCAGAACGCCACUACGGCACGUAACCCCACUCCGAACAGACCUGGAAUGGCGGAGAAUAUCCCGCCUAGUAGACCUGCCGAAGGUCUCAGCUCUGAGACCAACUCUCAUGGCACCGAUUACUUCUCGAAUGCAGUGCAGCCCCCUCAACCUAGCCAGGCUACUACUACGGCCCCUGCCAAGGCUGUCGUUAUUCCGCCGCCUACUGUUGCGCUACCUCUUACGGACAGGAGCGCUCCCAGGCCCGCACCUCCCGCAUUGCCUGCUCCUAUCCCCAAUCAUCUACCUGGUUUGAUCGAACCCAAGACGGAAGAGGAGCGAAUCGAGAGAGCGUAUCACCUCAAGUACAUGCGAGCGGCGCUUGAUAUGGGAAAUCUAGCUCUUAGCACCAACGAGACUCCAGUUGGUUGUGUCAUAGUCUACCACGGAAGGAUCAUUGCCCGAGGCAUGAACGCAACAAAUAACACUCGCAACGGUACUCGCCAUGCUGAGCUUAUGGCCGUAUCCGCCUUGCUUUCUCGCAAGAAGCCGGGCGACAUCGAGGAUGUCGAUGGCGACCCAACUCUCGACGAUGCUCGCUGGGGAGAUGUAGACCCUUCGGACGGCCAUCUCUAUCCUUAUGGCCAGAAGCUUCACCCUGCCCCCGUGGUGAGUCGCGAGAUUCUAUCUGAAUGCAUCCUUUACGUGACGGUUGAGCCCUGUGUCAUGUGCGCCUCCUUCCUUCGCCAAUUAGCAAUCAAGAAGGUUUACUUCGGUGCUGUCAACGACAAGUUUGGCGGAACUGGUGGGGUUUUCAAGAUCCACAUGAACUCUAAACCCGUGCCGAAGCCGGUGGACCGACCCUAUCAAAAUGGAUAUGGUCCGCAAGACGCCAGCCGCAUCGCCAAGGGCAGAGCCAGUCUUGCUCCGCGUGACGAGGACGAUGGAGAUGGUGGUAACAUAGAGCGUGGUUACCCGGUCGAGGGCGGCUAUCUACGUGAUGAUGCGGUUUCCCUGCUUCGACGAUUUUACGUACAGGAGAAUGGCCGAGCUCCGCAACCUCGCAAGAAGGAUGGUAGAGCUGCUCGCCUGUACGCUAUGGAGAACCAGGGCAAGAAUGGAGACACUGCCUCCGAUGGCUCGGAUGCCGCCGUGGAUCCCGAGGAGGAUCUCGAGGAGGAUCCCGAAGCCCAAGAGGACCUGUUCGGUGGAGAAGAAAACAUCGAGGCCGCAUACAGUCCUAUGGAAGCAUGAACCAAGAGUUUCCACAUCCAAAUAUUGCUUACGACCCUUAUGAUCACGAUUCACAUACCCUGUACUAUUAUGAGGAUAGAGCUGAUUCUCAUGCAUUGCGAUGGAAGGGGCUCUUUUCCCCGGCGUCUUCGGUUCUUUGCCUUCUUUUCUUGACCCAGGGCCACAUUGUUGAUACCAGGUUAUUCUUUUUUUGACCAAGGAUCUCAUGGCCAAUACCAAGAUUUCGAGGUCAGCAAAAAGGGGGGGUUGAGGCCGUUGAUUAGCCUUGCCUCCGUAUGAGUGUUACCUUAUAGCUAGACGUUCCGACCUGCUCAUUCUUCACAGAUAGCCGCGUCGAUUUUCCUCGCUAAUAAAACCCCGCCUCGCAGUGAUGUACAAAUGCAUCAUUCAUUACAG